AUGGAUCCAUCUUCGGCACAACGUAGACGUGGACGUCGUGCUCGUACAAAUUCAUCACAAGAAAAUUUAAUUAAAGAUUCAAGUUCAGAUGUUAGUCCUCGUGAAACAUCGGCAUCAACUGCAGUUGAUCGACGUCGUCAACGACGUGCUCAACGAUCAACAAAUGAUCAACAAUAUGAUAAUCAAGCAUUUACUCAAGAAGAACGACCACCUCCACAUUCUAUUGAACGUGUUAAUGAAGAUGAUGAAGAAGAAGAAGAAGAAGAAAAAAAUGUUCAAAAUGCUAUUCGACUCGAAGCACAUCUAACAAAAGAACAUCGUCGAAAGAUUAAUGAACUUCAACAACAAAGUAAAAAACCAAAAGCCAUAGCAACAUCAGAUGAUGUUGAUGAUGAUCAACAUGCGAUUAAUCAACAAAUACAAGAAGGACAAGGAAAUAUUUUGAAACAUACUGGUGAUAUAGAUGAAGAUCGAGCUUCAACUGUUGAACCAUUACCAGCAACAAUUGGAACAGCACGCGAUCGAUCAAUAGAACACAUUAUUGAAAUGGCAAAACGAUCACGAACUGGACAAUCUUUUGAUGACGAUCAAUUAUCAACAAUGGGUUCAUCUCGUCGUUAUGGAGGAAGUACUGAAUUAAAACUUCUACGAACACUUCGUAGAUUAGAUACAAAUAUUGAUCAAUCACCACUUGCUUCACAAACUUCAGGUGAAUUUACAACACGUUUUGAUCCAGAAAACAUCCAAGAUAAGCGUGUUCGUCUGGCAAUUGACAAAAAACAAGAUGAUCGAAAAAAACGUUGGCAACACGCACUUGAACACUUAGAUACUAUGCCAUCAUUAAGUGACAAAGAUGAUUUUUUUCUUAAAGUUUGGACAGAUGAAAAACCUGAAAUAGAAGAAUCACAAGCAGAUGCAACUACGGUUGCUCGAAUAACAACAGCAGAUAAUAUUGUUGGUGGAGAACCGAAAACAACCGAUGAAAGUGCACCAGCUGAUGAUCAAGCUGUAUUUGCAGAUAAAAAAUUACCUGAAGAAAAGCAACCACUUUUAACUAUGUUUGGAGAUAUUCAACUAGCUCAAUAUCAACGAGCAGAACGAGCAUUUGAUGAAGAUGAAGAACAUGAUUUAGAAGAAAAAAGAUAUAAAUAUGUUAUUGGUCAACGAAUUGGUCUUCAAGAAAAACUUGGUGAUGGUAUAGUUGAACCACGUUCACUUGAAGAUGAAGGUAUUUUUGUUGGUAAAAGACCUAUUGUACCAACUAAUGUCAUUCGUCGAGCCGAAAAACGAAUAUUACAAGAAUGUCCAAUUCAUCGUUGGUUUGGACCUGAUGGAGCAAUUGUUUCAUUGCCUGAUCCAACAAAAUUUGUACCAACACGACCACUUAUCGAUGAUCUUUUUGAUCCAGCAUUAGGAAAAGAAUUUUAUAAGGCUUAUCAAAGUGAUAGUGAACAUGGUUUAUCAAAUGAUCCGAUAGGUGCUGAUCGUUAUCGUCUAGAUAUUGAUUUAGGCAAGAUUUCAUUUGUGCAUCAUCAUUUAAUGAGCCUGGAACAUGUAUUAGCAAUGAAAAUGAAACAAAUGUACGAAUAUUAUACUGUUCGAAGACAACAACGUAUUGUUCAACAACUUUCCGAAAAAAUUAAAGCUCUUAAAAGUGCAGAAAAUAAUUAUCGAACAUUAUAUGAACAAACUAAAUAUGCUGAUUCAUCAGAAUCGAAAGAAUUACAUGAUCGAUUAGUUAAUUAUCAAAAUGAACUUCGUCAAGCUCGUAAUCAACGUUGUAAUGAAAUGAGACUUGAUCGAGAUUUACUAAAACAUUUAUUAGAUGCUUGGAAAGAAAUUAAAGAUAUUCGUCGUGGAAAUGGUUAUACAACAACAUCUCUUAAACUUAUUAUAAAACAAAUAUCAGGCAAGAAGACAAAACAAUAUGAACAAAUGCAACAACAAAUUGAAGAAGAAAUUGAAGAUGAAAUUGCUUUAGCUGAUAAACAAUAUCAACAAGAAAAAGAAGCUCAUUCAAAGAUAGUUCGAAAAAAAAAAUUACAAGAUACACGAAAGAAAGAAGCAAAAAAACGUUUAGAAAAAAAAAAAGCUGCAGCAAUGACAACAGAUGCUGGUGAUGGUGAUUAUGAUCAAGCUGAUAUCACAAUUAUUAAUGAGGAAGAUAUUAAUGUGCCUGAAAAACCAGAACCACGUAAACGAGAUGAAAUUCGAACAACAAUAUUAGCAAAAUAUCAAAAUGCUCUUCGACCUGCAGACGAACCUGAAUUUCUUCUUGAACUUGUUUAUUCUGAACAAAUAUCAACUGAUUCCGAAUGUAAUGCACGUGAACGAGCACGUCGACAUAAUGUUCAAACUUCAUCAGAUAUAUUCGCUCGUAUAUUAGUUAAUGGCAAAGUAAUAGCUGACACACCAACUAUACCAUUGACAAGUGAAUUUGAAGGGCAUUUUGGUCAAAUAUUUCCAUGUUAUAUUGUUCGUACACCGGAAACAAUUAAAAUUGAAUUCUAUGAAGCAUCAGCUCGUUUUCGUUCAUCAUUAGCUGAAGUUUAUUUAUCUAUUCCAGAAACAACAGUAACAAGUAAAAAUUAUAAAUUACAAGCAUUUGAAUUUAGUUCAAAUGUAUUAAGACAAUUUAAUCCAACUCAAACAACAGCUGUUGGUGCUGGCAUUCCUUCACCAAUACAAUUUGGAGAUUUCUUACCUACUUAUCUAAAUAUUGAAGGUGUUUUAAAUGCAUGUGUAGCAUGGGGUGUACAAGAUGAUGUUGUACUUGUACCACCAGAUUAUGCAACUUCAAAAGCAUUUCUAAAUCGACAAAUGGGUGGUGGUUUACAACAAGAUAUAAGCAUGCAAGCAAUUAAUUUAAGUAAUAUGAAAAAUUUAAUUGAAUGGAUAAAACAAUCAAAUCUUGAUCCAUAUGAUCCCGAAAAUGCUUUUCUUAUUAAUCUUAUGAAAGAUUAUACGGAUACACGUGGUGAUACAAACUUUGAAAUCAAUGCUUUACAACAUUUUCGUUUAUCAAUUGAUGAAAUUGAACAAGAAGAUCAACAAAUAGAUAUUGAUAAUUCAUUAAGAUUUAAAUUAUUACAAGCAAGAAAAGAAAAUUUACCAGAAUUUAAAGAUUUUAGAUAUGUACCAACUUAUGAUUAUCUUGUACGAAAAAAAUAUGGGAUUUUUAAAAAAUUUAUGGAUCGUCAAAGAGAAGCUGCUUAUGGUGAUAAUGCUGAUCAACAAUUUCAAGCAAGACGGCAAACACGUAUUGAUAUUGUACGACGACAAGGUGAAAGAAAUUUACGAAAAAUGCGUGAACAAAUAUCGGCUCGUUUUGCACUUACAUCAGGUCGAAAAUCUUUUGACGACAUGGUUGUUGAAGAGAAUAUACCUGAUAUACGAGCUCUUCGUGGUGUAAUAGCUAAGUUAUAUAUUGAACCAACACGUCCAUUAUAUCCAACUCGACGUCGUGUCGAACAAAAGAAAGUAACAAAUUUAGCUUUAACAGCUAAUCGAGAUGCAUUUAUUUUGGUUAAUUUAAUUGGUGCUUUGGAUUUACCUAUACGACGUGAUGCUCUUGAAAAGUAG